UGGAAUUUCAAAACAAGUAGGUACUGUUUGGCUAAAAGAAAAUGUGCACUAACUUUGACAAGUCACAUUUUUCAGCUUAAAAUAAUUCUUUAGUCUCAUUUCUUGCUUCAUCAAUUUGAAAUAUCAAUACUUUACUCUAAAAUAAAUAAUUCCCCAUUUCUUCAUCAAAAAGCCAAUUUUCCCGAAUCAAAAAAUCAAAAUCCAAUUAAUCAACUUUGAUCUAUUAUUUUUUUUUUUUUUUUGGGAUCAGAUCUAUAAAGUUAGUUAAUAUUAUGGGAGGAUUCAUAUCUAGAUUUUGGUUCAUGGUGUUUCCAGCAAAAGAGUAUAAGAUAAUUGUAGUUGGAUUAGAUAAUGCUGGUAAAACGACGACGCUUUAUAAGUUACAUCUAGGUGAGGUGGUUACUACUAAUCCUACUGUUGGUAGUAAUGUUGAGGAGCUUGUUUAUAAGAAUAUUCGAUUUGAGGUCUGGGAUCUUGGUGGGCAAGAAAGACUGAGGACAUCGUGGGCAACUUACUAUCGUGGAACUCAUGCUGUUAUUGUAGUUAUCGAUAGCAGUGACAGAGCCCGGAUUUCCACUAUGAAAGACGAGCUGUUCAGGUUGCUUCCACAUGAGGAUUUGGCAAAUGCAGUUGUACUAGUCUUUGCUAACAAACAGGAUCUUAAAGAUGCCAUGACCCCUGCAGAGAUAACCGAUGCGCUUUCCCUUCAUAGCAUCAAGAACCACGAUUGGCAUAUUCAAGCCUGCAGUGCCCUGACUGGUGACGGUUUAUACGAUGGUUUAGGAUGGAUUGCACAGAAAGUUCCUGGCAAAACACCAACCUAGACGUCGUUGGAAAUACGUUCGUUUUAUGUAUUCAUCGGACUAAUACGAAACUCCAAGCCCUUGCUGUAAGUUUUCCAGUGUAUUUCAUACAAUCAUAUGCAUUUUCCUUGAAGAGCUACUGGUUUUGGCACAUCUGACCCUUUUCUAAUAUAACAAGAUUUGAAUA